AUGGCCUCAGGACUGCUAAGGGGCCAUAAUCACGAGACACCUCCUAGUUCAGCCACGGAGCCAGCUGCGCUGGACGGCCCGCCCCUGCGGCCAGCGCUCCACGUAGCACUCCACAACCAGUUGCAUACUUCUAGAACCAGCACAUUGCUCUCAAUAUCAACUAUAACUACAGAAAACAUCUUGCAGGCUCAAGGCACUGAGGAUGGAAAAAAUGCAAGCUCCGCAUCGACCAGCCCCUCUUAUUCCAGUAUUAUUUUGCCGGUGGUUAUUACUUUGAUUGUAAUAACACUUUCAGUAUUUGCUCUGGUGGGUUUGUACCGAAUGUGCUGGAAGACAGACCCAGGCACGCAGGAAAAUGGAAAUGAUCAACCCCAGUCCGAUAAGGAGAGUGUGAAGCUUCUCACUGUUAAGACAAUUUCUCACGAGUCUGGUGAGCACCCUGCGCACGGAAAAACCAAGAACUGACAGCUCGAUGAAUCCUCUCCACACCUAGGCAAUGAAUAUGUAAGUUUCCUUAUUUCAUUCACCGAG